UGAUGAGGUUUAGUCUCGGGUUGCUUCUGUAUUUGCCUUGCAGAGUCCAGUGGAAGAGGAUGCAGUUUAUUUUCCUCUACAGCAUACACUGACAAUUACACAGGGUUAUCCAAAUCUGUCAUUGGUCAACUUCAACAAAAAAAUAGGGAAAAGAUCUUAAAAUAAAUGUAUAAAUAAUAACAUAACAAAUACUUAAAACAGUUUAUUUGUAAACCUAAUCCUAAUCCAUUCAUUCCUACAACACCUUUUUGUUAACGAUGUACUUGGUGAGCAGUACGAAGCAACAAAACAGGAGGCAUGUAUAUAUGUCCUAUUAUGUAAAGUACACAGUCAACAGAUGACAAGUGCCUGACAUCUAUUGUGAAUGUGUGAAUGGCCUUUGUCAGCAUUUUGGAUGCUCUGUAAUCCUACUAAACAAUCGCAGCAGAAAGGAGCCAAAAAAAAAGAAAGAGCUGAUUUACCUAGCAGUUAAGGCUGUGGCUCUCUGUGCUUGCUCCUGUUACUCCGACUGUGCCCUUUGUCUGGGGCCAGGGCUUGGUAGGGCCAAACAUUUGCAUGCCAAGGGCCACUUGAAUGUGAAUUUCCCCGGAUUCUCACUACCUGACAUGCAAAACCAGUGGGGGACCAGUUAAAAUGGCGCAAGCGCACAGUCAACACAGGUACACAGGUUUACUCCAGACAAAAAACAGAUCUCCCCCUCUCCUCCAAACACACCCAUGCAGCCACGCACACACACACACGUGUACACACAUAUACAUCAGCAUGCAUGCAUGUGCACACACACACACCCACACACACACACACAAACAUCUCUCUUCCCAGAGAGUUAUGGAAAUGAGUGCUGUGAUUUUGCUGUGACUCUGAUCCUACAGGUAGUCGAGGGAAGACGGCUGGAUGUUCAGACUGAAAGUUUGGUGAGCUCUUAUCUAGUCCAUAGCAGAUAAAAGCUGAAAGCAGUGUGUAAUUUGUGUGCAAGCACUGGUAUGGUCUGUUAAAAGACAGAUAAACAGAAGACAAAAAAAGAGGAAAAUUCAGAGAAUGCCGAGGUCUUUCCUUGUGAAAAAGAAACGAGGGGCAUGUGGAGCAUGGCAAUGGAAAGAACCCGAACAGCUUGAGUGGAAAGAAGACAAUAUUCCUGUGAAUGAAAAUGCACAGCAGUACGAAUCCUUCUGUCCUGACGGCCAGCAGAGCACCCCCAUGCCUCACGCAGUGUCCUCCGAGGCAAGUGUGACAGCAGAAGGGACGAGAGUGUCUGUGCCUUUAACAGGAUCAGCGGCUGACACCAGGCCUGGCUGGUCCACAUUGAUGCGCCGCAGCUCUUUGUACCAUCCCAGUGCAAUGGCACUGGUUAACAGAGCCAAGCCCCGUCUCCGCUCCACUCCCGGCUCGGGAGACUUUGUAUGCUCAUUGUGCCACAAAAUAUUCCCCCUGCAGCGCAUGUUGACCAGACACCUCAAGUGCCACAGCCUGGUGAAGAGGCAUCCCUGCCGAUUCUGUGGCAAAGGAUUCAAUGACACCUUCGAUCUCAAGAGGCAUAUGAGAACACACACAGGUAUACGUCCCUACAAGUGUGAGCUGUGUGAGAAAGCCUUCACGCAGCGCUGCUCUCUUGAGUCCCACAUGAGGAAGAUUCACGGCGUUCAUCAACAGUAUGCCUACCGUCAGAGACGCUCCAAGAUCUUUGUUUGUGAGGAUUGUGGUUACACCUCAAGCCGCCCCGAUGAGUACUUCCUUCAUAUGAGGCAGUGCCACCCAGGGAGCCCCUCCUUACGCAGAUACUACCGUCGCCAGGCCCACAACAACAGCAGCUUUGCCUCAGCAGACCGUAAACUCCACCCCUUCCUGCUGUACUCAAAUCCUGCAUACUACAUGUAGUGCUCAUUAAAAUGCUGAACUGCAAUGCAUUGUAUUUAUAAGCCACUGGUAGAUGUAAAAAGUGUUGCUAAUUUAAUAAAGUAUCCAAAUAAGUAUCACUUUCUGA